CUCAAAUUGCCUGGAAAUAGUGUCACUGGGAAAACAAAACCCUCGGUUGUUGCAUUUCUCGUCCCUACUAAAACCCCAAGUCCUCGGAUCCUUAACUGAUAGGGAUCCUUCAAUGGCGGCCUUCGAGCUUGCGCUCUCUCAAGCUCGUCGCCAUUGCCUUGCAAAAUCCUCCCAUCAACAUCUCUCUCUACUCCGCCCUCUUCUAGGGUUCCGCCGAUCAUUUUUCUCUCUCUUAUCCCCUCCGCGAAACCCCCAACCGGCGGCUUACGAGGACGCUCGUUAUUCGAAGGACAUUCAACAUUUACAGAGCAAGUCAUAUUUCCUUGCUUGUCAAAGGCUUUCAACUUCUGUACUAACUCCUGGAUCAGAUGGAGGUGAAUUUCCCUCUGAUUUGUUAACCAAAAAGCAAGUUAUAACUACAGAACAUACUCAAGGACUCUACCAGGACCUGGUGAUACCCGUUACAAAUUUUCAUAAUGAAGAUAAAGGAUUUAUGGUUUUGGCGGGUGACAUCUUUGAUGUACCUAUUCGCAAGGAUAUCGUUCACCGUGUUGUUCGAUGGCAGCUUGCAAAGAGACAACAGGGAACCCAUUCAACAAAAACUAUUAGUGAGGUCAGUGGGACUGGAAGGAAGCCAUGGAGACAGAAGGGCACAGGUCGAGCAAGGCAUGGAACACUUCGUGGCCCUCAGUUUAGGGGUGGUGCUACAAUGCAUGGCCCUAAGCCUCGUAGUCACGCUAUCAAGUUAAACAAGAAGGUUCGGCGACUAGGAUUGAAGAUUGCUCUGUCAGCUCGAGCAGCAGAAGGAAAGCUUAUGGUUUUUGAGGAUUUGGAGGUUCCUACACAUAAGACCAAGAAUAUUGUGAACUAUGUGAAGCAGUUGGAGAAUGCAAAGAAAUUCCUGCUGGUAAAUGGUGGUCCAAUAGAUGAAAAGCUAAAGCUAGCUACACAAAAUCUUCACUACGUUAACAUAUUGCCUUCAAUUGGUAUAAAUGUCUACAGCAUUCUAUUGCAUGACACGUUGGUGAUGUCCCGUGAUGCAGUAAACAGAAUUGUUGAGCGGAUGCACACUCCAAUUAACCGCUAAAAAAGCAGUUUCUGCAUUGCUUUCAAAUCUUCCAAGGCUUGACAUCCAAUUAGGAUUUUUGUUACCUUCUACUUGUAUGCCAAAAAAAAAAAAAAAAGAAACCCUAAAGCACCAAUGGCUGGAUGUUGUAUUCUUAUUUGGCCAUUUCACUCCUGCUUUUAAUUUUACUUUUUACGUUUAGUUUUUCUUUCUUAGUUUAAAAUAAAACUUUUUUUUUUUUUUAUCUUUGAUGAGUUUGUUUUGUUUUAUUUUUCUCC